AUGAUACAUAGAACCAUCGAGGUAAACACUGAUGCGAUCCUCGCACCACGACCUCGCCAAUCCUCUUCUUGCUCCGGGGAACUAAACCCCCGAGCUCUCGCCACUCUACCCUCGACAGACCACAAGGCUGUCAUCUCAAAAUGGGCACGGGAGACUUCAGAAUCUUCCAUUCGCAAAUCCGAGGACAACAACAACACCGAUACCGACAUCACUGGAAACGACCAGAGUGAUGUCGCUUCGGUCACCUCAUCCACUGUCUGCACCUCCAUCGACAGUGAUAUUCAACUUGAGGCCGUCCCUCCCUUCCCUCAACAGAGGCCAGCAACUGGUACUCUGUUUGAUUUGCGAAAUCAAAUUUGCCAAGCGGGUGCUUCCAAAAAAGCACGGAAUCAGACUGCCUAUGCGACAUUUGCCGAAGAUGACUACAUGUACUCGCCAUACGAAGACAUCGAGGUGCCUUCCAUGACCUUGUCUUCUACCGUAUCCACGUCUUCCUUCACAGCCUCUACUGAGGAACUGAAUAUUGGCAAGCUCAUCGCGGGCAAGGUGCGACAAGUGGUAUCUCACCGUACGACGGCAUGUAAGAAAUUGAAGGAAAUGUUCAAACAUUGA